UUUGCUGUGACAUUCCACUGUAUGGCGGAAGAGGACACGCACCGUCGACAACACUACACACAGACAGAGAGAUGGAGGAGGGUGCAGAGCAACAGUCCUCUCACAGACUUUUUCUUUAUACUUUAUUUAUACAAAACAUAAUUUAAAUAUAAAUGAUCAUUUUCUGUGGCGGAUUUGAACAAAAUUACAGCCAAUCAGAUCCCAUACUCUCAGCAAGUUUUAAAACACAAAUCUGUUAUAAUCUGAUAUAAUCGAAUUUAUUUCUCAACAAUCAGUGGCAGGACACGUAUUCAGAUUUUUUUACUUAAGUGGAAUGGAAGUAUUAUCACAAUGUACUCAAAGCAAAGGUAUUAGUACUCAUCAUGCAGCAGAAUAACCCCUGACUGUUUAUUUGAUUAUAGAUCUUUUAACAUGUGAGCAGCAUUUUAAUGUAGUUGGUCAACAGCGUGUUCAUCUUAACCACUUUACUGUUGUCUUGUAUAAUCUUAAUCUUAUGAGCUAAUCAUAGACUUAGUAUGUAAAAUGUUUAUCUAUUAAGUAGCAACUAGGUCUGACUGUCAAAUAAAUGUAGUAAAAAAAGUUUUUUUUUUUUUUUUUAAAGUAUGUUUCCCUUUGGCAUCCAGCAGAAGUAAAAAGUAGCAUAAUAUAUAUAUAUUAUGCUACUUUUUACUUCUGCUGGAGAUGAUAUAUAUAUAUAUAUAUAUCCUAAGUUUAGCCUACCUCAAAACUGCACUUAAAGUAGGCCUGCAGUAGUAAAAAGUAACUUAAAUCUACAUAAGCUACAAAAUAUUCAUAUAAAAAGUAAUAACCAAAACAAUACAUCGAAAUAAACUUGAUAAUAUCAAAGCAAUAUUUCUGUGUAGAUGCAGAACCAAAAUAAGUGGGGGACCGUCUGUGUUUAUUCAUCACAGAAAGAACAGUAGCCUACUGUAUGUGUUGACGGCUUUUUUUAGUUUAUAGCAUUUUGCUGGAAACAAUUUGUGGAUCAACUUGGGAGACAUUUCCUUCACCUUAUUUCUUAAGAAAUCAUUUCAGAAGUUAAGUCCACACUUGCUCGCAGGGUUAAUUGUUACUGGUACGAGUUAAUAAUGUGCAAAAAUAAAACGGCGGUCACUGUGUCAAUAAGGCCACCAGGAAUGCGCUUCGUCAUCACUGCUUUCCCCUGGGGGUAAAGAAGAAGAAGGAGGAGGUCGGGGGAGGAAGGAGGAGGAGGGGAGUUCUCAGCUGGGACUUUCCUCACUGCCCUCCAGAAAAAAGUUAAAUCACUGGGCACCACGCCGGAGAUGUUCCCCGGUGUCGCCACGGAGGAGGUAUGCGGACCUGUGCGCGAUGGUGGGGCCGCGGUAGCCCCCCCCUCCGGUUGGGAAUACUACUCAUUUUAAUCCCACCGGUUCUCCUCGCGCUUCAGCUGCUUGUCGUCGCCGGCCCACGGUUUCCUCGAACCGCAAGGGGCGGGGUGGAGGGGCAGGGGCAGGGGCAGGAGGGCGCGGUUGCCUUCUCCGUUAUCAGCAUCGAACCGGAGAGGAACUCGCUCCGUGUGGGAACCCGGUCCCGGCGACCGGGUCCAGAGGAAGAGGUGGAGGUGGAGGAUGGAGGAAGGAGGGAGGGGACACGAGCCUUUGAGGAUGAGAACGAAAUGCACUGGCACCAGGUUGGGUCGAGAGCACUGGAGGUGCAGCCGUGGGCGGCCGACCAGCCGUCAUUCACAGCGGAACUCGGUCGUAUCAUCACACAUAUCACCAGGCCUCAGCUGAGCUGCUCCAGGGUUUUAUCUCCAGGUCAGGCUCAGGCAUCGCAGCCUCCUGCGGCCUCUCACCACUGGUUGUUGUGCGCUGAGGACUGGCUCCUUCCAGCUGCAGACAGACCGUGUGUCGCCUACUCCUUCAGUAUGGAUGGAAGAGAUGCAGACUUUCUAAAGACUGUGUUGGGGCUAGGAUGUGAAGUGCACAGUUUUGAUCCCAGCAACUCCAAUACAUCCAAUGGUCACCUUGGCAACAGUUUGGCUAGUAACCAUGGUGACGGAGGUGUGGUCAGCCAGCACAAGAUGUGGCUGGAGUGGCGCGCUCCAAGGAAGCGCAAGCACAAGACAAGAGGAAACCUGGGUAGUGUUUCUCAAACACUGGCACAUAUCAUGACAGCUCUGGGACAUCACACAGUUCACUUUUUGUACGCUGACCUGCUCAGUGCUGAGUGGCGUGUUUUCCAGAACUGGAUCGAGUCAGGAACUCUGCAGAGUGUCCAUCAUCUGGUUGCCACAGUACACCUGCAAUGGCCAGGGUUUGAGGUGGGAGGAAGCGACAAGGAGGUGCUCCGCUAUUGGUUCAGCAUCCUACAGGGUCUCCAAGCUUCUGGACUCAAGCUGGUCCACAGCUCUGCAGGAGAAGGUCACAGUGUCCUAAAACGAACAGUAGCAAAUGCUCACAGCUCCUACACACUCAGCUGGGUCAACACAAGAAACUGACACCCACAUGAAUGAGCACAGGUGUACACAUGACUAGACAUUAUGGAUGUCCUAAGACAAAAAGGAGAGGGGACUUACAAUAGUAAGUGGAGUUAGUCUAUGAACUUUUCAUUUUCCGGCACAUGCAUUUCUUAACAUGACAUCUCCCUCUAGUGGAGAUGAAAGGAUUUUAUUUUUCAUGACUCCACCCUCAGAGGGAAAUAAUGUUGUGUCUGAACAUGAUACUGGCUAAUUUGACCAAAUAUGGAGCAGAGGGUGGACUUGCUGAUUUAACUGGGCAAGAGCGCAAUAAUAUAAUAAUUACAUUUACAGAUUUUUAUUUUGUCUCACUGUCAACAGCAGAUAUAUGUAAAUGGUAGCUACUGCUCGACAGCUAUCUGGCAGGUACCAACACAGUUUUUUUGUUUUUGUUUUUGUUUUUUUAGUUGAACCACGGUACUUGGUUGAAUCAAGUAUCGUAUCAUAUUAUUCUCAUCCAGUGUGACCCAUUUUACAUUAAUUGGAUCCAGCUCUGCUUUGAAUGUAAAUUCAACAAAUUACGUAGAUUCAACUGAUUAUUUGAUGUAUUUGUUUUAAUAACAUGCUUUAUGUGCAAUAAUUGUUUACAUUGAAGAGAAGCUUAAAUUAUAUUGAGACUGAGUGCCUACUGUGAAAUAUACAGAAAUUCUUCCAUUAUACUGAUGCAUUUUUGCACUGAACUGUGUACUGUAUAAGAAAGAAAAAAACAAUGAAACUUUGUUACAAAUGUGCAUUUAUACCACAAUAAAAUCCCAAAUAAAGCCAGAAA